AUGUACCAGUAUAUGAUAGCAGACAGAAAUCAACAGGAGAAAAGAAUGACUAGGGCUGUAAUUGAAGCUCCUCAGAGCAAUUUCAAAAAUAAUCAGAGGAAUAAAGAAACUGCUACACAACAGAAAUUCAAGACUAACAACAAGUCGACAAGUUGCUUCUCCACAGAGAAUCAGCUUGAAGAAGAGAUGAAUAAGCUUAGACAACAAAUGUCAGAGAUUCAGAAGUCUUUAGAACAACUGAACCAAAGAAACUCUCAUACUGGAGCUUCUAGAACCAUAUUAUCAAAAUCAGUCUUUGAAACUUUAGCGAGGAAACCUAAAUUACAUAAGACCACUGGAAUUUUGAAUGCUUGUGGCAGAGAUAUAGGAGUAUUUGGCGAAGGAGAAUUUACAUUGAAACUGGGAGAUUUCCUUACUGAUCAGCAUAUUAUAGUUGCAGAAAUAGAUGACGAUUGUCUUUUGGGAGUCGAUGUUCUAUAUGCAGAGCAGAAUAUGCCUGCAGAAAUAUUACUGAGUAGGGGGAUACCUAAACUUCAGAAUAAGGAAAUUCCUCGUUUCCAGACAACUACAGAGAGCAGAUGUCGUAGAGUAACUGCUGCAGAUAAUUAUGAAAUUCCACCGUUCAGUGAAAAGAUCAUACAGGCAUUUAUUGAGAGAUCUGAAGACCCCAAAGAACAAAAGGAGUUAUUAAUUGAACCUUCAGAACUUUUCACUGAACGAUAUGAACUCCUAAUGGCCAAUACUCUGGUUGAUAUAGAAAACAACACAACUGUACCUGUCAGAUUACUUAAUCUUACAAAUGUUGAACAAUACGUUCACCAAGAUGCUGUUAUUGGCAUGGCUGAUGAAUUUUCUUCUUAUGUCCCAUUUACUGAAGGUACUAGUACUACAAGGAAGUUCAACUAUACUCCUUUGAAAGUCAGAGAUGUUGCUGAAAUGGAUUUAAAAGCACAUAGAGAUUUACCUGAACAUAUGAAAGAACUGUAUAAUAAUGCAGUUGACAACAAUAAUUUUGACGACUUAUCCAAAAAGAAAAUUUAUGAUCUACUUUCUGAAUACAGCAAUGCUUUUUCAAAGAAUGAUCUAGAUCUAGGAUAUACUACUGUAACGGAACAUGAAAUAGAUACUGGCGAUGCCAAGCCCAUAAAAUUACCGCCUAGAAGAGUCCCUCUUGCUUAUGCUGACACAGAAUUACAGUUAAUAAAAGAUAUGGAAAAACAGGGUAUUAUCCGGAAAUCUAAUUCCCCAUGGGCAUCUCCCUUGAAUUUAGUUAUGAAGAAAAAUGGAAAGGUUAGACCAUGUAUUGACUACCGGAAGGUGAAUGAUGUUACCAAAAAUGAUGCUUUCCCAUUGCCAAGAAUCCAGGAUUGUCUAGAUGCUAUAUCCGGAGCUUCCAUUUUCUCGACUUUCGAUUUAACGUCCGGGUAUCACCAAGUACCUGUAAAGUAUCAGAUAUUCCGAAAACGGCAUUUGUCACAAAAUAUGGCCUUUGGGAAUUUUUAA